CUUUUGCAGCACCCUUUUCUUCUUUUUGACUCUGGGCUGAGUGGACCAUGGAACCGUUGCAAAUACCAAUUAAUCUGGUGCCGAAGAUGCAGGCUGUUCAACUACUCUGCCUCCACCAGUAAUCAAAACGAGCUUUCGAACUCUCUUCUUCACGGUUACAAUCUCGGUUCAUAACUCAAAGCCCCCCUGCAUAUAUGGUCCUGUGAAAGAGCUGAGUAUAAUAUGGCACAGAGAAAAGAGAACAUUGUUCUUUUCCCUUUCAUGAUGCAAGGCCAUAUCAUCCCUUUCCUGGCUUUAGCCCUCCACAUAGAACAAAGAACGAACCACUCCAUUACCUUUGUCAACACCCCUCUUAACAUCAAGAAGCUCAGGUACUCUAUCCCUCCUGAAUCCUCCAUUAACCUUGUUGAGAUCCCCUUCUCCAGCUCCGACCAUGGUCUCCCACCCAAUACCGAGAACACCGACGCCCUUCCCUACCACCUCGUCAUUCGCCUCCUAGAAGCUUCUGUCUCUCUCGAACCAGCUUUCAAGAAACUCAUCCAGAAUCUCAUCGAAGAGCAACAAGGCCGUCCCCCGCUUUGCAUUAUCGUUGAUAUUUUCUUUGGAUGGGCUGCAAACGUUGCCAGAGAGCUAAACGUGUUCCAGGCAAUCUUCAGUGGCGCAAGUGGGUGCGGCUUGGCCCACUACUAUUCCCUUUGGAUGAACCUUCCUCACAGGAAGGUCGAUUCCGAUGAGUUUUCGUUGCCUGAUUUUCCAGAAGCUUCAAGAGUUCAUAUUACACAGUUGCCAACAAAUAUACUUGAAGCUGAUGGUGGAGAUGCUUGGUCAGUCUUUCAGAAGAAGAAUCUUUCUGGGUGGAUGAAAUCUGAUGGGAUAUUGUUCAACACUGUGGAGCAAUUUGACCAUAUUGGAUUGUCGUACUUUAGGGACAAACUUGGCCGGCCUGCCUGGUCGAUUGGACCGGUCCUGUUAUCUGCGGAAAACCGAUCACCUUUUGGGAAGGAAGGUGGCAUUAGUCCGGAGCUUUGUAUCGAAUGGCUGAGUACAAAACCUCUGAAUUCUGUUUUGUACGUGUCUUUUGGGUCGAUGAAUACGAUCUCCGCAAAACAGAUGAUGCAGUUGGCUACGGGGUUGGAGGCUAGUGGCAAGAAUUUCAUCUGGGUUGUUAGGCCACCGGUUGGGUUUGACAUAAACUCGGAUUUCAAUGCCAAAGAAUGGUUGCCAGAAGGAUUCGAAGAGAGGACCAAGAAUUCAGGAAGGGGAUUACUGGUGCAGAAAUGGGCACCCCAGGAGGAAAUUUUGAGCCACAAGUCUGUUUGUGCAUUUUUGACCCAUUGUGGGUGGAAUUCAGUGCUCGAAGCUCUUAGUCACGGCGUGCCAAUGAUUGGAUGGCCAAUGGCAGCGGAGCAGUUUUUCAACGUCAAGUUGCUGCAGGAACAAGUUGGAGUUUGUGUGGAGUUAGCUAGGGGGAAGAGCUGUGAGGUUAGACAUGAAGAUGUAGUUUCAAAAAUUCAGUUGGUGAUGAACGAGACACAGGAAGGGAAUGAAAUGAGAAGGAAAGCUUCUCAAGUGAUGAAGAUCAUAAGGAAUGCCAUGAAAGAUGAGGAAGGUUUCAAGGGGUCUUCCAUCAAAGCAAUGGACGACUUUUUCAGUGCUGCAGAGUCCAAGAGGCAGCAGACUGAGAUAGAAAAUAAUGGUGCCGCUUGAUUCAAGCAGCACUAGUGCUACAUAUCGCCAUAUUUAGCUAAUUGCAGUUUGACUACGUUUGAGGUUCAAAUAUUUACCCCAAUGUGUGCAGAUGUUCAAUUCUGAGUAGAUAUCUGAAGCCUUUCACCAGCAUAAAUGAUUAUGAUUAAAAUUAGGAAGUCUUAUUUCCAAAUUUACAUUUUUUGCAUACUGCUUGAUUGGCAACUGGGAAAUUUGAAGCAGAAACUUUCUAUUUUGAAUAUAAUCUGUGUAUCAUCUUAUUACUAAAACAGUAUUCGGAAUGUAAAUUUCAGCAAUGCUGUGAUACUAGACAUCAGGAAGAAUUAGGAGGACCUAGCUACUUCGACAUCUACUGCUAGUGGCAAAUCAGAUUAAAGCAUGGGAUACAAAAACAGAGCAUCCUCCAAAGACAGAGCAUGCCUCUUUGCUACAAGUUUCGAAGACAUAGACUCAAGGGGCAAAGACCACUUGUUGGGUGCUACGAGAGCUGAAAAAUCUCUCUUCACUUGAGCUUGGUGACAUGCAAAUAACAUAUUCACAACCAUCUAUAUCAAGAUAAUACAAGUUUUGUAGUACAUAACAUUUUCCCUAAAAAGUGAUAGUUUUUUUUAUUUUUUUAAUAAGAAAUGCCACUUGAAGUUUA